UAGAGAGAAUAAUAAAGAAAGAGGAGAGAUACUGUACAGAUCACAACAGGAGGUGAAGAACGACAGAGACACAUCAGGACGAAGAAAUCGGAUCUGAACAUCUAGAUUCCAGAAAUGGAUCAGAAGUGGAUCUCAGUCUUUCUGCUGUUCUCAGCUGUGUGUGGUGUAUCUCCAUACGUUCCUCAUCGGUAUCAUUUUGUGAAUGAGAGUAAAAACUGGACUGAAGCUCAGAGCUACUGCAGACAGAACUACACUGAUCUGGCCACCAUCAACAACAUGGACGAGAUGAAGAAGCUGAACGACACUCUGAUAAAUAAAGAUGGCGAAUAUGUCUGGAUUGGUCUGGAAAAAGGGAACAUCGGGAAAUGGGGGUGGUCUCUGGGAGGUGGAAAUUUCUACAGUGUCGGAGAUUCGUACCGGAACUGGGACAGUAAAGAACCAAAUAAUGAUGGAGGGAAUGAGUUCUGUGUUGGGAUGUAUAAAAAAAGCGGACAGUGGCUUGAUGUCAACUGUGGAGAUAAUUAUCGUUUUGUGUGUUUUGACGAUGAGCUGAUCUUGAUCCAGCAGAAGCUGAGCUGGAAAGGAGCUCUGAGAUACUGCAGAGAGAAUCAUGUGGACCUGGUCUCAGUUCACUCUGAGGAGAUCCAGCUCUGGGUGGAGGAUGUGGCUCAGAAUGCCUCCACUGAUCAUGUGUGGCUGGGUCUGCGUCACACCUGCACCCUCAGCUUCUGGUUCUGGGUGGGUGGAGAGUCUUUCUGCUAUGAUAACUGGGCUCCAGGUAACGGUGCAGAAGGUGAAGACUGCAGUCCUGUAGAGAGAACCGGAGCGGUGCAGGCUAGAGGAGAUCAGCAGUGGGUCAGCCUGCCUGAGAACCAGACUCUCAACUUCAUCUGCAUCAGAUAUGAAGACUGAAACCAGGUGUGAAGUGUCUUCUGGCUCAUCAUCAGCUUUCCAACA